AUGGAACCUCACACUCGCCGUACACCACGAUCUGUGGGAACCGGACAGGAAGCAAAGCCAGAGGAUGCAGAGGAACAGCCACCGGAAAGACCGUCAUCGUCCAGUUCGAGACCCAACAACAGAGGGGAAGGACUUUGCCUGGUGUGCGCACUGGCAACAAAAGGAAGCCACACCUACCAGAAAGAAUGUGCGCGCUACGUGGCCGGGGCCACAGUGGAGCAAAUGAAGAGAGCUGCACGUGGAGGAAGAAAGGGACAUCACCGUCUACUGCUAGAAUUGGCACUGCAGAGACAAGAUGCGGAACAAGAACGAGAAGCAGCGGAGGAAGAAGCAAGACUCCCUCAACGCGCAAACGAGACGUCAUCAAGCAGCUCGAGCAGUACAACAAGCCCCCCACCGAGGAGAACAAUGACGAAGCGGAAAAGAGUCCAGCAGGAGCAGGUACUGGAACAGCUGAAGCCGCAGAGAGAAGAGAAGAAAGCUGCCUCGAUCACGACAGCAACUGGAAAGGGAAAGGCAAGUGAGACAGAGCCAGCGACAACGGAAAAAGAGGAGUCUCCAGACAUGGUGGACGAAAUUCUGGGAAGGAGAACAGGUAGCAAACAAGCAAAGAAGGAGACUGCAAAGAUGCACACCGAGGAGGAGAACCGUAACACGAAGCAGGCCCAGAGUGGGAAUACAAAGGAGAAGCAUACGCAAGAAACUGCAAAAAAGGAAGAAAGGAAGAGGGUGCCGCCUCCAGCCAGUGCCAGAGAGAGAGUGGAUGAAAGUAAAAUUGAUGAGGUGGCGGUGGCCAGACUGAAGGCAGCCAGGCUCAAACAGAUCAUUCAGACUGGAAAGGACAAUACACAGAUGAGGACAGAGCCAGAGGUCGAGACUGGAAAGGAGAACACCCAGAUGAGGCCAGGAGAAGAGACGCCUAUCGAGGAAGGCUCCAGCACAGAAGAGAUCGCCUUGGAAGAGACGAGGGACCUGGAGCAAGUGGUCUACUUGGUGCGGUGGAUGCAGCAAGAUGAUGAGCAUCGUAAACGGCGGAACUGGAAGCACAGCGAGAAAGGGAGGCUGAGCAAUGGUAAAGGUCAUUUCUACCAGACCAUUUUCCCGGGAGACUUAGGCCUAGAGAAUUUUGAUGCCGUGGCUUUCUACGACCAGGAUGUGGAGUUCCAUGGUAGUGUCGCAGCAGUGUUCCAGUGCGCCUCCUUGGGCUACUUCCUCAGCACUUCUGGGGGUGUCGGCGAGCCACUGAACAUCGGCUUCUUUGCACUUCGACCAGACAAGAGGUUGCUUCGGGCCGCCGAGAUCUUUGCUUGGAACCUCACCUUCGACCGCACGAACGGCUGGGGAGGGGCGGGCUUCAAACCUGCAGGUGGCUACUUUGUGGGAGCAGAGUGUGGUCAAGGCUACUUCCACACUCUCUAUUACCAGCGCAGUGCAAAGGCCAAGCUCGCUCUGGAUGCUGCAGAGGUACCCGGCUCUGACACUCCGCGCGGGCUGAAGAUGCGACAAAUUGAUCAAUGCAUCUGGAACUAUCAGACUGGAGGACAUUGCCCCUACAAGUUUGAUUGCGGCCUGGUGAGGGCUCACCACAAGCCCACGCAGAAGGAGCAUGGACGUGAUUGCCCCAAGCUGAAGUACAGGACAACCAUGACAACCACGGCAGCACUGGCAACCCCCAGGGAGCCCAAGCCUUGCAGUGUUGUGCAAGUUCAGAUUGGUGCCAGCUGCAAGUGUGGGGGCAUUUUUUCGAAGUCUGUCAACGUGAUGGGUCGCAUUCAGGACUGUGAGCGGUCAUCCUGCAACAACAGCGGCGAUCAGUUCAGCAUCUCCUUCAGCGAGUCCCAGGUGACCGCCACAAGAGAGGAUGCUGACGGCUGCUGGUGCGAUGGUUUCUGCAUUCUGCUGCGUUGCAUCUUAAAUUUCUCCCAGCGACGCAUUCUAUGCUUUGCUGCCGAUUGCUGGCACUGGUGGUGGUGGGUCGGCUAUAGGACCUCCGUUAUCUGCUGA